ACCUCUUUGUUUUUGUGCUCGUACAGCCCGGCGCCAGACUGUCCCACGAUGGAGUAACGAGACCUUAGCGAGAAAAGUAACGAACAAUUUGUGAUUCCCUCGUUAACCUUUACUUAUGAAAAUUGAAAAUAUAACAUGAUAACGUAUCGCCACAUGUGCUGCCGCAAAUACAACACUAGAUACCCUACAAUUGUAAUAUGGAAGUGAAGAAAAGGAAAGCUCGCUUCUCCGUUCAUGAAAUCGACGUUCUGGUUGAUGAAGUGUACAGAAACAGAGCCACGCUGUUCUCGCGGCUCUGUAGCACCAUAACUAACGAGAGGAAAAUGAUCAUCUGGCAGUGUAUUACGGAAAAGGUGAAUGAGGUGUGCACAGUCCAACCCAGAACGGCAGAUGAAGUGAGAAGGAAGUGGUAUUACUACCUUAGCGACAGGAAGAAAGAUGUGUCGCGGCGAAAUAAAUUAAAGAAAACGGAAUGUCCUUCACUCGAUGCCAUGUACACCCCAACAGACUUAAAGAUCCUUGAGUUAUUAGGUGAAGUGGAAGCGACCAAGACCGCCAAGGAGGAAGCGGUCGAGGGGCUGGUGUGUGAGGUAGACGCUGACGCCUUGCCUUUAAGACCUUCCUCAGCCUCCAGUGAUUAUAACCAGGAGGAGGAGGAAGAAGAGGACAUCACUUCCCGCCAUCACCAUCAUCCUCUCGCUUCCGAAGAUGACGUAGUGUUAUCCCUCGGACCUUCAUCCACCAUCAAGAGAGAAAGCGCCUUCGUUAACAGCUACGAACAAGAGAAUCCUCCAGCUGCCUCCUCCACCACGGCCAGAACCACAACCCAGCAACCAACAGCAGCCAAACGCCCACGAGCAAACACAGACGAUAGCGACCAAGAUGACAAGGACGAUCGGGAGUUCUUACAGCUGGAGAAGAGACGCGUGUAUCUUCAGGAGUGUCAGCUGCGCCUCCUAAAUGACAUUUUCACACAAAUGAGAUCAGAUGCUGAAAGGAACAACGCCUUCCAGCAAGCCUUUUUAGAUAUUGAGAGACAAAGAUUAGACAUAGAGAGGGCUGGUAGUCUGAAAUGAAUGGAGAGUAUUUUUUGUAUCAGCUGAGGUUUAGACACCCCAGUUUAUUUCACUUGACAAUUAGACACCCUAGCAUUAGUGAUUAAUCUUUGGGUGAAAUAAGCUGGGAUGUCUAAUCUUCACUUGUAAAAAGUUAGGGUAUCUAAUCAUCAGGUAAAAUAAACUUGGGUGCCUAAUCUUCAAGUGAUUAGGAGUUCCCAAUCCUAACAGACCCCAAACCAAACAUUUGGUUUGGUAGUCAAGUUCUAAUAGGCCCCAAACCAAGGGAAUAGAUGAACAUGGGGCCUAUUUGCCUUGGGGGAGGCCUAUGAAGACUGCCCUGUCUUACUCGUGUUUCUUAACACGAGUAAACACUGCCUUCAACAUUCACACACGAACGUAAUUUAACCCCAAAAUAAAUACACGUUCGCAUCUUAUAUACUCACUGGUAAAGUAUCACAGGAAAAAAUGAGGUGAAUAUUUUUCGGGUGAUCCAUAUUAUUAGUUUCCUGUUAUUUUAUUUUAACCAUUGUAACAAUACACUUCCUUUGAACUAAUACUGUUAUCAAAUCAUUAUGUAGCUAUUAUUAAAAUCAUUCUUACUGUAACAAUAAUCAAUAUAGGCAUUAUUAUUA